ACCAAUAUAUUUUUCAUUUUCAAAGUGGUCGUGAUAGUGGGGGCGGUGGCGUCCUUUAUGUCGGAGAGAUGCAAAUGUUAUCGAGGUACUUCCAUCCCUUUUCCCACCCAGUCAACAGUAAUUUGAGAAAAUAGCUGCUGCGGGGGAGGGGAAGCGCUAGGACCCACUCCAAGGAAAAAGGGAACAGAAGAAAACAACGAGGAAAGACUGAAGGAAACACUUUUAGAGAUACGAACACAUGAAAGAAAAAACGAAUGAGACUUUUCAUUCUGAUUUAAGCAUUUUAAUGACUGGAGCAAAGAUCCAUGAAUUUGCGUUCAUGGCUCUCUUCGAUUGAACUUUUUAGAGAACUCAAUUGAUUGCGCAUAUCAGCGAUGUUUCGGUGAGCGACUAUAUCCCAUAGUCUUCUUCGUGGGCGCAUAUUAAUGAAAAACACGGACUUUAUCGUUUGGGAAUAACUGUGAGCAACAUUUAGAACAAGUAGGCCUAUGUUAUCAGUCGAUAUGGAAAGAACGGAGGCAGCGGGGUGGAAGUUCCUACGGGACUCUCUCCUACUUUGUGUUUUUGCCGGUCACAGUGAGGCCCAGUGUGAUGGCUGUGUGGAGUACUGCUGUGAAGGCUCUCCCCCUUUCUGCUGCUCCUACUAUGCCUAUAUGGGAGAUGUCCUCUCGGGCACGGCGAUCUCGGGCAUCGUGUUUGGUGUGGUGUUUCUGAUGGGAGCGCUGGCGGCCUUCUUCCUGUGUGUGUGCAUGUGUGUGAAGAAUGGGCGCGGGGCCCGGGUGGAUGUGUUCAACACCUCCUACAUCAACACUGUGUCCCAGGGCUACCCAGGACCCCCACCUCCCUACACCUAUGACUAUGAGAUGUACCCUUCGGCCAUGCGCCCCCCUCCCUACACCCCCACCCCACCCAGGAUAGACAGCUACACACCCCCCCCUCCGUAUCCGAGCUGUAAUCGCAAAUGACUUGAAGACAAAAUGGAGAAUCCUGCCCAGGCUACUUGCCCUUCUGAAGGAGCACAUCUUGGAUUAAGUUUAUGCAGUGUUCUAGCAGAGGAAGAUGAGACUGUAAGCAUUUCCUUUUGAACCUCUGGAUCACUUCAAAUGACUGCAUGUGGACUGGACCACUUUGACCUCUUCUUGUGGGUGUGAUUGGGUCAAUUGAACUGACUGGUGUUUCGGGGUGGGGGGUGAACCUCAAUCACUUAAAAUGACUGUGUGGACUGAUCCACUUUUGACUAUUUGAUGUAGGGGUGGUGGUCAAUCUAACUGAUCAGCUUUUCAGGGGUGAAUACCACUUUAGUUGUAUUUGACUCAUGAUAAUGAAUGAGUGAGGGAACAAAGUACAUAACUUUAUUUGAAGAUGUGGAUCUCUGUUGUACCAUUUCUCUGGUAGAGAUGCCUAUUAGCUGGCUUUCCUUCAGGUCAGUGCUCUUCCCUAUCUUAUUUCUACUACAAGGCAAAGGAGAGAACUGUAGCCUCGUCCUAGAUAUGUUUGUGCUGUAUUGCCAAUUGCUUCAUGUGGAAAUUACCUGAGGACAUGGCGAGACAGCACAAACAAAUCUGGGACCAGGCUAGGAAAACUGUGUAAAAAUAUGAAUUGUACAAUAGAAAUAGGAUGGUAAACAUACAUGUCCGGGGUGAAGUUUCCCCUAGGUACAGAUAUACAGUCGUAUCAGCUUCCCCUCCCCCAAUCCUAACCUUAACUAUUAGUGGAGAUAGUACAAAACUGAUCUAAAAUCUAAAUCAAACUUUAUUUGUCACAUGCGCCAAAUACAACAGGUAUUAUACCUUACCAUGAAAUGCUUAUUUACAAGCCCUUAACCAACAAUGCAGUUCAAGAAAGAAAACAAUAUUUACCAAAUAAACUAAAGUAAAAAAUAAUAAAAGGUAACACAAUAAAAUAACAAUAACGAGGCUAUAUAUGGGGGGAACCGGUACUGACCUCGGUACUGGCGUACAGAGGCCAUUAUCAGCAACCAUCACUCCUGUGUUCCAAUGGGAUGUUGUGUUAGCUAAUCCAAGUUUAUAAUUUUAAAAGGCUAAUUGAUCAUUAGAAAACCCUUUUGCAAUUAUGUUUGAACAGCUGC